AUGGAAAAUUUUAAUAUUAAAAAACUGACAUUCUUUACUAGAAAAUUCACAUUAAUCAUUCUUUUGUUAUGUUUAUUUUUGAUUCCUAUUGUUAGAGCUCCACCACCUCCACACUCUCCUUCAACUAUUUCCACUUCCUCAAUUGUUCCUACUUCUUCCACUAUUUCUUCUUCUCGUACCCUAAUUUCAUCCACUAUUUCCUCUUCUCAUACUCUAAUUUCCCCUUCACCUCUUUCACCACCUUUAUUCAACGAAAAUGUUGAUUCAUCUUCUGCUACUAAUAUUGAUGAAUCAUAUCAUAUUUUAUAUCUUAUUGAAGUGUCCUUAUUAGUAUUGGAUAUUUUCAUUUUCAGUCAUUCAUGGUCUUUAUAUCAAAAGAGAAAAUUUACUGAGUCUUAUUUUAUAAUUUUAUUAACUUUUUUAAGUAUAAUUCUCAGUACACUUGGAAUGAUUAUUGGAUGUGAUAAAACAACAAAGGCAAUUACACAAGGAUUAACAACUAUGGUUUUUUGGGGUAUUACAGUAAUGGGUGGAUAUUGGGAUUAUAAUGAAUCUGAAAAGGGCAUAAUAAUUUCUACAGCUUUUAUAAAUUUUUUAAAUGCAAUUCGCUUGUGUGAUCCUAUAUCCUAA